UUCAGUUGCUCCUUCCGAACUGCAAUCAAGCACCACAAAGUUCCCUUUUCUUCAGCACUCUGUUCUCAUUCAUGACCUCCUUGUUCACCUUGGGCAUCUUGCUUCCCCCCAAUUGACCUGCUCACAACAUGCCAUCAGAUAUCAGGAGUUUCUUCGGAAGUGGAGGGGCAAAACCCUCGGCGAAGAUUGCUGCCUCUAAGGUUAGCAACGGUGCCGUAGGCUCCAUCUCACUCAGCCGAUCAUCAAAUAUAGAUGACUGAUCAUGCGGCAGGACGGUACGAAAGUGACUUCUAAACAGCGCGGCCGACGCAAAGUUGUUUCCGACGACGAUGAAGAUGAUGAUGACGACGAAGGAGUCGGUGCCAACUCCAAGAAACCUACUACUCCCAAGACAAAGAAAUCGGCCAAAGAACCAGUGGAAGAGGAGACAACCAGCUCAGCCUACUUUGCUACCACGAAAGCAAAACCUACGAAGUCUACCCCGAUACGAACCAAGACUGCCACCACCAACGGUAUCGCAAAGACUCCCACUAAAGAAACCAAUGGUGGAACACCAUCGACUGGCAGAAGAUCCUCCAGAAAGACCAGCAGAAAGAACUACGCCGAACAGGACGAAGAUGAGAAAUCCGCUCUCGUGUUAAUGGACGAUCGUGAAGGUGAUGAUGACAUUUUUAGUGACCUCAAGAGCAGGAAAGUGGACGACGAUUACGAGGAAGGAACAGACGAAGACGAUCUGAAACCACAAAAGAAGGUCAGCAAGGCUGUCAAUGGCCACUACAAAAAACUCGAGGCGGAUCAUGAUGACGACGAUGAUGAUAUCGAAAUGGCGCAGAUUCCCGCAUAUGAUGGACCUGGUGACGCGAGACGUAAGAAAGCACCAGCCAAACCUACUUCCGCUCGCAAACGGAAGUCCAAAGACCUUGAAGAUGAGGAAGAGGACGAUCUGGACGAUGACGACGACACACCAAAAAAGAAACCAAGGACUACAGCAUCGGCAGCUGCUCGGAAGCCCCGCGCGUCAGCCAAAAAGGAAGAGAGGGAGGAAAGCAAGGAGAUACAGAACAUUCUCGACAGUAUCCCUACUGUGAGAGCGCCGACUCCACCUCCAAGAGAUGACAAGAAAAAGUUCACCUACGGCGGAGGCAAUGCGAACGUGGCUCCACCCGCAGCUGGCUCUGCUGAUAUUCCAGUCGGUGCAGAAAAUUGCCUUGCUGGACUGACUUUCGUCUUCACUGGGGUGCUGAACUCGCUUGGCCGCGAAGAGGGACAAAACCUCGUGAAACAGUAUGGUGGUAAGGUGACGGGUGCUCCAUCGAAGCGGACCAGCUACGUCGUCAUUGGUGCUGAUGCUGGACCGAAAAAGCUCGAAACUAUCCGACAGCUGGGCAUCAAGACAAUCAAUGAAGAAGGUCUUUUUGCACUCAUUCGACAGCUUCCCGCGAAUGGUGGUGAUGGGAAGGCUGCCGAAGCCUAUGCUGAGAAACAGGCCAAGGAAGAGGAGAAAGUCCGCAAACAGGCGGAAGAAGAGGAAGAACGCGAGCGCGAGAGACAAAAAGAGGCUACCAAAAUUGCGAAAGCUGCGGCGGCCCGAACAGGUGCUCCUAUUCCCUCGACCAAACCAAAAGGUCCCAGAGUAGACGACAGACUUUGGGUAGACAAGUAUGCUCCAGAUACGAUGAGCGCUGUCUGCGGAAACAAGGGCCAGGUUGAGGGCUUGCAGAAAUGGCUUCGUAAUUGGCCGAAAGCCGCAAAAUCAGACUUCAAGAAGGCUGGUGCCGAUGGGAAGGGCGUCUUUCGCGCAGCUUUGCUUCAUGGUCCUCCGGGUGUCGGCAAAACCACAGCUGCCCACCUUGUUGCCAAACUUGAGGGCUAUGAUGUUGUCGAGAGCAAUGCUAGCGAGACCCGGAACAAGAAGCUGCUUGAAACUGGGCUGACCGGUGUUCUGGAUACUACAUCUCUCCUCGGGUAUUUCGCUGGCGAUGGCAAGAAAGUCGAACAAUCGAAACGAAAGCUCCUCCUGAUCAUGGACGAGGUGGAUGGAAUGUCAGCCGGCGACCGUGGUGGUGUGGGUGCUUUGGCUUCCAUCGUAAAAAAAACCAACGUCCCGAUGAUAUUAAUUUGCAAUGAGCGGAAUCAGCCAAAGAUGAGACCGCUUACGAAUGUGACAGCAGAGUUUCAGUUUCGAAGACCAACCACGGAUAUGAUUCGAGGCCGGAUAGCCACGAUUCUAUUCCGCGAAGGCAUGAAAUUACCCACACCCAUUAUCAAUGCCUUGAUCGAGGGCUGCAAUGGGGACAUUCGUCAAAUCAUCAACAUGAUUUCGACCAUCAAACUCGACAGCAAGGAUCUCGAUUUUAGCGACACCAAAGCCAUGUCGAAGGCAUGGGAAAAACAUGUGAUUCUGAAGCCCUGGGAUAUUGUGAAUAAGAUCCUGCGACCACAAAUGUUUGCAGCCAGUUCGACAGCGACAUUGAACGACAAAACGGAAUUGUAUUUUAAUGAUCACGAGAUGAGCUACUUGAUGCUCCAGGAGAACUACCUCAAGACAAAUCCCGCCCUUGCAAGCUCUUACAGCGGCAAAGAGCGAGAGAUGAAAUUGUUGGAGCUUGCAGACAACGCAGCUGCCAGCAUUUCCGACGGUGACCUCGUUGAUCGGAUGAUUCAUGGCUCCCAGCAGCAAUGGAGCUUGAUGCCAGUCCACGCCAUUUUCAGCUUUGUCCGACCUGCUAGCUACGUCUACGGAAUGCUUGGGGGACAAGCUGGCUUCCCUACUUGGUUUGGGCAGAACAGCAAGCAGAUGAAACUCUCUCGGUUUGUCAAGGAGAUACAGGGACACAUGCGGCUUCGUACCGCGGCCGACCGUCAUGAGAUUCGCCAGCAGUAUCUCCCAGCAAUAUGGAGCAAGACAGUCGGCACCCUGAAAGCUGAAGGCAAGGAUGCUGUACAGGAUGUCAUUGACUUCAUGGACUCUUACUACCUGACCAAAGAAGACUUCGAUUCCGUGCUAGAAUUGGGUGUUGGAGAGUACGAUAUGGACGGCAUUAAAAUCGACACCGCUACCAAGGCAUCAUUUACCAGAUUGUACAAUCUCCAGAGCCACCCUAUGCCUUUUGUCAAGGCAAGCCAUGUCCUAGGCACCGCAAAGGCAGGAGCCAAGAGGGAAAAACCGGACUUGGAAGAGGCAGUCGAGGAGUCGGAGGCAGAAGAACUCUUAGCUGAAGCUGAGGCUGGCGAUGAUGAUGACGACGACUCGGACCUCAAGAAAGACAAAUACAUCAAAGCGCCAAAGAAGAAGACUGCAAGUGCUUCUGCUGCCGGCGGGGCUAGUUCGAAGGGGAAGGGCAAGAGAAAGAAGGCUGAUGACGCUGGUGAUGUCGAUCCUGAAAGUGACGACGAACCGAAGAAGAAGCGAGGUCCCGGUGGCGGAGCACGAGGUGGCAGGAAAGGGAAAGGAAGAGCGUGAAGUUGACGUUGAUUGAUUUCAGCAGCUUUCCCACCGACCAGGCAAUCGAUCUGGCUGUAAUUUGAUGGCAUGGGGGACAAGAGAAUAUCGAGGACCAUGUUGUUGCUCGUUAGGAGCUGACAUUGUUCAUACAGCGACGGAUGAGCAAUCCGAGAACGGGGUGGGAACGAAAAUACACUACUAGAUGAAUGUAACAGACACAAGCAUUGCCGUA